UGAGGCCCGGCCUUCUCGUUAGUAAUGCCAGGCUCGAGGACUUGCCUCUAGCAAUCUUUUUCCUUUCCGUGGACCCCCCUCUCCCGACCAGUCAUUGUUCACGUAUAUCUGCUUGUUCCCCAUCGUCCGGCGCCCUUGUCGUACGGUCCUCCCUCUCGCGUGCUCUCCCGAAAUCAAUAUAUUCUCCUCCCUUCCCACCUCCUUCCAUAUCUACCUCUAAGUCUCUUUCUCACACAAACUGACCUCAAGCAACCAUGGCCACAGCUACAGCCGCUCGCACCCUCGCCAGGGCCAUCCCACGAAGCACAGCUUCUAGCACAUCUUCCCUUCGCCUCGCCGCGCGCACCUCUCGGAACGACGCCCAUGCCGCGAAGCGCUUCUUCCAAAACUCCUCCCGCCGCCACUAUUCCUCCGCUCCUGAACCUCCCAAGUCGUCCUCCAGCACCGGCAUCAUUCUCGGAGCUGCCGCGGCAGCAGCUCUUGCUGGCGGCUUCUACUACUACAACACACAAGGCAAGAUACCGGAAGUGCACCUGAAGAAGGGCAGUGCAGGCGAAACAGCAGGCCUCUUGAAGCCCACCACCGAAGACUAUCAAAAAGUCUACGACGCCGUCGCCAAGCUCCUCUGGGAAAAGGAUGACUAUGACGACGGCUCCUAUGGCCCUGUUCUGCUCCGUCUCGCAUGGCACGCAUCCGGUACCUACGAUGCUGCCACCGGCACUGGUGGCAGCAAUGGUGCGACCAUGAGAUUCGCGCCGGAGGGUGACCACGGCGCCAAUGCGGGCUUGAAAGCUGCUCGUGACUUCCUGGAGCCGGUCAAGGAGCAGUUCCCCUGGAUUUCGUACUCGGAUCUGUGGACGUUGGCGGGUGUCUGCGCCGUGCAGGAGAUGCAAGGCCCCAUCAUUCCGUGGCGACCGGGCCGACAAGAUCGGGAUGUCGCCUUCUGCACGCCCGACGGCCGCUUGCCGGACGCCUCGAAGGAUCAGAACCACAUCCGUGCCAUUUUCGGACGCAUGGGCUUCAACGACCAGGAAAUGGUUGCCCUGAGCGGCGCGCACGCUCUGGGCCGCUGCCACACGGACCGCUCGGGCUUCGAUGGUCCGUGGACGUUCUCGCCCACGGUCAUGACAAACGACUAUUUCAAACUGUUGAUGGAGGAGAAAUGGGGCUGGCGUAGCUGGAACGGACCAAAGCAGUACCAGGACAAGACCAGCAAGAGCCUGAUGAUGUUGCCCACGGACAUGGCCUUGAUCCAGGAUCCCAUCUUCAAGAAGUACGUCGAGAAGUACGCCAAGGACGGACAGGCCUUUUUUGAAGACUUUUCCAAUGUCGUCUGCAAGUUGUUCGAGUUGGGCGUGCCGUUUGAGAGCAAGCCCGAAGACAGGAUUCGGUUCAAGCCUACUGCCGAUGAGUCCUGAUUUGGUGCAAGAGUGGGGGAGUAAGAACAAUCAUUGAAGGAUGUUUUUGGUGGUGGCCAACACCUCCAAGAUGGUUUCCAAAUCGGGUUGAAAUGAUAAUCUGAGCCAAGGCAGAUCUUUGAAGUCACCUUGGGCCCUCACGGUCGCAAGUCUGCGGAUCGUUGAAUCUUGCCAUGCAUGAGAAGCAGACAUCCUUUAUUCGAUUAACAAAGAGUGACGCCGCCGGAUAUGGACUGCUGAGGAUGUAAAUAUCACGGGGAGAGAGCAGGUCCCAGGGGGUAUGGGGCUUCUUUUCUUACCUCAUUUUGAGCGUGGCUUGAUUUUGCUUUUUUCUGAGCAUCAGCGUUGGGUGGUUCAUCUGCUAGACAUAGACUGAGAUCUCGACAUACCCCUGGUAGAUCGAUGCGUUGAGGGCAUUUUCUUUUUCCAAUUUCAAUGAACAAGUGUUUGUAACUCUUCAGUAUCGAGCAUUUUAUGGUUGGUUCUUGAUGUGAGUAAAACAUAUGAUCCAGACUUGCGU